AAUGUGCUUCACAAACACUAAUCACAGCUGAUCACAUAUGAUGAGCUACACUUCUUUUGAUGAAUUUAAACUGAUGCAUCAGUGACAUCACCUCAGGCGUAAUUACCAUCAUGUAUGGGUAUGUCUAUCCCUGACACGGAACCUUGUUCCCAUCAUUUGGUAAAUCACUUAGUUACUGUGUGUGCUUCAUAUUGCUGCUGCUUCUGUGUGUGUAGUUUGAGAAGUUAUCUUUUGCGUACUUCUUUGUACUGUACUGUUGUCUGUUACUUGGAGGACCAAAUGUUUUUGGAAGUAUGAAAUGUUUGAGAACCACAACACAUUUUGUUGAUUGUUGCCAAAUGUCAUGGUCUUAAAACCUCACCAAAUGUCUGUAUUGUGUAUUAUAACUCUGCAGCAAUGACUAUUAACCAACACGUAUUCUAUAUUGUUAGGAAAGUGAGGUAAUUAUUGAAGGCAGUAAUCUGGAGCAGAUCACUGAAUCAUGGUUGACACUGAUGCUUGUGAACAAAACACAGUAGCAACUGCUCUCUAAAGAGGAAAUUGCAUUGACAUUAACAGUACUGUAGGGUAUUGUAAAACCUGCUCAGUCUGCAGUACUGAAGAGUUGUUGGUAUUGGCAGGAGCAGCUCUGGUAACGGUUACAGCCCUUAAAUGGUGAUAUGUUUUACAGAAGCCCAGACUCUGUCCUCCUUCAAACAAAUGAAUCGCUCUUUCCUACGUGUCUGGGAAACAGUGAGCAGCAGCAGCAAAUGUCAGGAAAUCAGACGAUACAGACGGGGUUUCAUUGGCUGUAAAUCAUUUUUCUUUUCUCUCUCUCUCACCAUUUUUUCAUCAGGCUUUCACAUUCGAGCUCUGCUUCAACUGUGUUUUUAUUACCUGCAAUAAGGAAAAGGGUUUAUGGAGACAAAGGACAAUGAAAAGUUUGACUAAUGUGACAUGAGUCAGAAUGUCUGAAUCAAACCAUGUGUCGGAAUAGACAAGACGAUGACAUAGUGCUGCAAGAAUAUUUAACUGGAACGAAACCAAAGCUUAAACUUUCACAAAAGACUAGCCAAGGAUAGUUUAAAUAAGCUAACAGGUCUUAAAUGUAGGUAAGUAAAGUAAAAAAAGUGACUAAAAAUCAGGAAACAAGUAUGACUAAAAAGUAGCUUUAAUAGUAAAAUGUGUUCAAACAUGAUAUUUACCAUGUGUGGGGUAAAGAAAACAUAAAUUAACCUAAAAUAUUUAAAAGUUAGCAAUAAUGUCAUGAAGGCAAGUGACUACAGUAAUAGGUACAGUAAUAAUAGGCUUAUGUGACUAAAAGGUAGCCAAGUGUUAUCUUCAAUUUAGCUAAUAAUUAUAAGAUUUCAUAAUUUUACAUUGCUCAUCAUCCGCAGCCACUGAUGCCAAUAUUAUUCUCUUUUAUCUCCAUCUGUCUUCACUGGCUUAUCCUGGCCUGUAUAUUUAUGAAUGAUAUGAGGUGGUCAGUGAAGUAUACAGCCUGGAGUCUCUUUUUCCUCCUUGGUUAACCAAGGGUAUCGAUUUACAGAAAGUCUAAAUUCAUCGGUUGCCAGAUUUCCCUUGUUUCCAGACGCUGGCUACAAAAGUGAUGUGUCAUAUUAUAUAAUUGCUUCAAAAUUUCACAGUGGCUCCACAUGCUCUCAUUUCUGGUUGGCAUCAUGCAGAAAGCACGGUGGCGGGCCUUGGGUUUGGUCAGAGUGGAGGAGGUUUCCCACAUUAGUCCGGACUGUGCCAGUUUGCCAUCAUCCUUAUCCAGGAGGGAAAAAGCAGCCAGUCAGCGGAAACUGGGUUUUGAGGCUUUUUCUUUUAUAGCAGGAAAAUGUUUCAGAGACUCGUCUUCUUUCCUGUCCCUGCGUGAGCGUUGUAGGACUUUCACUUCAGGGUUUACUUUACGGUGUAGUGUGAUGCACGCUGAAGUGGAACCUCUGUGUCUCCACGUCUUUGUUUCCAUUCCCACACCACAGCACAGAUGUGAGGGUCGUCUACAGAUGGUCUAGCGUCUGCCCUGUGGUGCAUUGACAGUAAUUGCGGCCAUCCAUUUAAACGAAACCACCGAGCAUGAGUCAGGCAGAAUUAAGAAUGCUCAGAAAUAAAGUGCAGACUGUGCUGUGUGUUUCAGCUGAGUCACAUUUGCUUCUCAGCCACAGAAAAUAAUCACCCGUCCCACCUGGUGCUGAAGCCUGCACGUUCACCAGAGUCAACUCUGACGACCAGAGUCCUAUUGUUUGUUUAUUGUUGCACAGAUGUCAUCUCUGAUGACAGGUGUUGACGUCUCUUUGAUCAGUACGACAUCCUCCAAAGCAUCUGAAGACACUUUAAACUAAAUUUCUGCUCUUGCUCUCCGCUCACUUGAUGAUCCCAGCUCAGUUACAAUAUAAUGAUAGUGCCUAAUUAUAGGCUGCUCGUUUGAUGGCUGCUGGAAAAUGUAACGUUAGCUUGUAUGCAGGGCUGAAGCCCGGCCUUUGUGCAUGUUUAGCUGUGUUUGGUCUAAUUUAAGUGGCUCCCAACUGUUUCUUUUAUAGAACCUCAGUAUGUUACAGCUUGAAUAAGGUAAAACACUGCUCUGAGUCUGUCCUCCAGGCUUUAACUUUCUCACCCACACAUUUUUUAAAAUCUACAUUCCAUGUAUCACUGACAGAAAUGAGACACAGAUGGAUGUAACUGUUGCUAUUUAUUUACUGUCCUUCCUGAAAGAAUUAAAUGAAUAAGCACUUUUAUAGUUUUUAACCUUAGGAAUGCAGCACACGGUGUCUGCCAUGUCUCCUGCUGUUGAUGACAAAUGGCAACAGGGGAGAUGACACCACUCAGGGAGAGAAUAAUUGCUGACUGUACCUAGAUCAAUGUGGGUCACUGUAACUGAUGUUAGACUGUUAGACUUAGGUCUGAUCUGUGUCUGCUCUACUUUUGCUCCUGCUGUUGUCUGGGUGUCAGAUUCCUCAGGUGUGAAGCAUCACUUGCUGCUGCAGCUGCGUCACAGGCCCAUGGAAAAACAAAGCAGUAUUCACUCUCUUAUUAUAAAAGCCUCAUUCAUAUAAACCCUUCAAAAAGUUCAGUCCCAGGGAAGUUGAGUAUUUAAACCUAAACUUGAUUCAUUCUCUGGAUUCAUUUUUCUACAUGGCGUCUGUGUAGGAAAAUCAUUCUGGUGGAAUGCACACUGGAGCGUGUAUGUUUAUUUAAAGAAUUUGUUCAUUUCUAUGGAAUAAAAAAAAAAACACCUAAAUUGUACACAUGAUUAUAAUGGACCUUUAUCUGAAACCAACUGAGCUGAGUUUUGUUAGUCAGGCUACAACUAUUUUUUGGUAGUCUUUGCAGUUUUUGCUGUUAAAUAGUUUUCCAUUAAACAUCUUUGUUCAUAAAUCUAAAACUUUCCUGUUCCUUUGGAAAGCUGUGCAUGUAGUUUACAGAUGUCAUCGUGAGUGCAGCCAGUAGAUAAAAGCUGGAAACGAUGGAGCAGCUGCUGUGGAUCUGUCACAUGCUCAUCACUUCAGGUACUCGUCCUGUGUGAUUUGGAAAGACCCCCCCAGUCCAAACCCAGCUGGUGUAGCAGAGACAGGAUGGAGAACAGCUCUCUCCUCCAUCCACUGCUGCGAAGCCAAGUCUGCAGCUGCAGCAUCAGCUGCUUUUGAGAAAAUGACACUUAAGUUCACCCGUCGUUUUCUCUGCUGAUCAUCAGCUCUUCUCCCAGUCUGUCCAUCACAUCAGUUUAUUUUAGGUGACAGUCCUCGCCUGACAGACACGCGCCACCUCCAUCCCGGUAAUUGGGUGAAAAAGUGGGCAGUUCAGGAUUUUCUUUUUUUUUCUUCUUCUUGAGAAAUAUCUGCCUCUACUUUACCUCGACUCCCUCCUUUCCUCCCCAAACCUCGGAGUGGGUCGGACACAACUCCAGUGUGUACCAGCCCCCACUGAUACCUGCACACAGCAUCCAGCAGAGGCUCUGCCCUGACAGGACAGACGCACUGCAGCAGCAGCAGCAGCAGCGGCGGGAAGGGAUUCAAGACUCCAAACAAGGGAAGACAAUUAACAAGAAACAAUUAAAAACUAGAAGAAAAGACUUUUGCACAGCCAAGAGGAGCCCAGGCCAUCCAGUAUCCGCUGACAUGCUGCCAAAAAGAGUCCGAAAUGUUCUUCCCCUUCUCUGCAUAAUCUGCCCUCUCACUGUGGCCUUUCCAACCCACACCCUAUCUGCAUAUGGUGAUGCCCAGUCCCUCCAGGUGGCGAUCUCUCACUCAGGUCCACUGUCUGCUCCUCUGGGCAGCUCCAUCUCCCUCCACUGCCUGGCAUCACUCCCCAACAUUCAGCCCUCCUCUCCUCCUGUUGUACCGAGAGUCAAGUGGACUGUGGUGUCUGGUGGAGUGGAGACGCAGAUCUUAGUGGCUCGGGAUGAAAGGGUAAAGGUCAACGAUGCGUACCGCGACCGUGCAGGGAUGCUCAACUACACGUCUUCGCCUGAAGACCUGUCUCUGUGGCUGGGAGAUUUGCGCUCCAGUGACUCGGGUUACUAUCGCUGUGAGAUGCAGCACGGUCUGGAGGACGCCAGUGAUAUUGUGCAACUAAAGGUCAAAGGUGUUGUAUUUCACUACAGAGACGCUGUGGGCAGAUACACCUUCUCCUUCCAGCAGGCCCACAGAGCCUGUCAGGCCAUUGGAGCAGAAAUCGCCACUGUGGACCAGCUGCUGGCAGCUUAUGAAGACGGAUAUGAGCAGUGUGAUGCAGGCUGGCUGGCAGAUCAGUCUGUCAGGUACCCAAUCCAUAGACCCCGUAAAGCCUGCUUUGGAGACAUGGACGGUCAACCAGGAGUGAGAAACUACGGAACUAUGGAUCCAAAUGAUCUUUAUGAUGUGUAUUGUUAUGCAGAACAUAUGAACGGAGAGGUUUUCCAUGACCCUGUCCCACAGCAGCUGUCAUUCGCUGAAGCUCAGUCAUACUGCAGAGCUGCAGGGGCAGAACUGGCGACAACAGCGCAGCUCUACCUGGCCUGGGGUGAAGGUCUGGACCGCUGCAGCCCUGGGUGGCUCUCUGAUGGAAGUGUGCGUUACCCCAUUGUAACCCCAAGGGAGCGCUGCGGAGGGCCUCAGGCAGGAGUCAAAACGCUUUACCGCUUCAGCAACCGAACUGGCUUCCCAGAGCCGACCAGCCUUCAUGAUGUAUAUUGUUUUAAAAUGAACAGCGAUCCCCCCACUGCCUCUUCUGUUCACUUCAUAGAACCUGUGUCUGAAGACAUUGGAAAAGAAGUCAUGAUUCUUAACCAGACGGAUCAAGAACUGAUAAACCACUACGUAGAGCAGGUGGAACGAGAGGUUAAAAGUGUGUUGGAGUCUUUUGCCUUUGUUUCACCUCCAUCCACAAUGGAAAAUCUGUCCGAUACACAGUUGACAGAUAUAUUAAACACAACACAGUCUCCCCUCAACACCACAUUUCCAAUGGACCUUCCUCAGACUUUUAAUGACACGUCGUCUCCUGCAGAUGUUAUUUUUACCUCCCUGUAUUCUACAGCACAGACAAACAGCACAAUUGGCAGCAACGACACCUAUGAUAUUUCACAGAACACAUCAGCACUACCCUUAGCUGACAAUGCUACAGAUUCUCAACAGAACGUCACGGUCACCGUUCACCCCUUUGAGAUCAGAAGCACAACCGGAUUUCCUGAAGUGACAUAUGAACCGUAUUCACAGAACCAAACGGUGCUAGCAACACAACCCGAGGAGCAAACAAAGCCAACAGAGAGAUAUUCUCCAGAAGAACGAGAGACAGUUUUGCAUCUGAACGAGUCCCGAGGCAGUUACAGCGAAAGCAACAGUAAUGAUACCAGUGAGGAGAAUAUCCUGGAGGCAACUCUAAUCCCCUUGGACAACAUGUUUGAAGCAAAGGUGGAGGAGACCACAGUCUCAGAGAUUGGACCAAUGUCUUUGUCAACUCAGUCCACAAGCCUAGAAGAAGAGCUUCGCACGCAAACUUCCAAAGAUGCCUCCAAGGACCUAACUUCACCAUACUGGGUGUCAGUUGAUGGAUCUGGAGGAGUUUCUCAAGAGGUCGAUCUCGACGUUGAAGCCGUCACUUUCACCACCUCACCUGAUUCUCCCACCACUGGGUUCACCUCUCACCUGUCACCUUCUGCUUCUCCUGGCAGCAUGUCAGCUGAAUCCGGAGUGACUGCAGUCACGGAUGUGACAACCACGUCCGGCUCACGAACCACUGAGAGACUGGACUCCACCAAUCACACCACAGCAGCCCAACUGUGGGACUCUGGUAUUUCUAAAGAGGAGGGAAGUACCAGUUUAGAAUCAGAAGAUUUUGUCACGACAGAAAAUACGGAAAAACCACCAAAACCAACUAUGGCUGAAGACAACCUCGUUUUCGAAGCAAACGUCACUGUCGAUGAGUCAAAAAGUUCUCAGAAACCAACUGAUUCCAGUUCAGUGCUGUUUCGGACAUCAGGAUACAGAGUGUACUGGGAAACUGCAACUCUUGCUUAUGAAGAGGCAAGUGGACAGGAGCCUGCUGCAGUGACUGCAAUCCUCGGAGAAGACGAUACACCUUCUAAAACUCUUGUGGAUGAAAUUAAAGUUUCUCCAACUGUUGAUUUUUCCUUUACACCAGAAAGGGAGGACAAAGUUUCUCCAACCACUGAAGAAGACAUUUCAGGUACCCCAUCUCUCCUGGAUGAAACAAUGGUGUCCGUCUCAUCGUAAGGGGUUACAGCUUCACCGGCAACUGAAAAAGUGACACAUGCUGCCCAAACACCAACCAACUUUGCAACAGUUCUACGAGAUGAAAUGAACACAACCCAAACUCUAGAAGAGGAAGCAGUUCUUGAAAAGUCCACUGCAUUCACAACUCUAAAAGAAAGCAGCAUUGAACGCAACGUUGAAACUGAAGCUAAUGUUUCCUCGACAAGUGAGGAGUUCAAAGUGGACCUGACUUCUGAGGAAGAAGCUAACAUUGCCUUAACGUUAGAGGAAAACUCUAACUUUACUUCCACAGUUGUCUUUCCUCCAGAAUCUCAAACUUCUGACUGGACUCUGCUGACCACCACCACAGAAUCUCUCAACGAUCUCUCAACCAAUGGCAGGAAGACUCCGUCUGCUACCUCAGCAACAGUAGCCGCUGGUUCCUCUUUAACUACCAAACCUGCCAGAAUCACCACCAUCACAACCACCACACACUGGUCCAAACGUGCCUGGAGCCCCACCACCUCAGCGCCAAGAGUUUACCACAAGACAUCAGAACCCCAGAAGGUGACAAGCCUCGUAUCACAAACGGAUCCAGGCGUUGGCGACAGUAAGCCUAGUCCCACCCAACCACCCACCAUACUUAUCAUGCCCAGUGAGCGGGCAGCUGUAGGAGGUGCAGGGAAAACUUCAGACGUCUGUGUUAAUGACCCCUGUCAGAAUGGAGGCACUUGUACAGACCUUAACGGGCAGAUUCAGUGUCUCUGUUUGCCUUCAUAUGGAGGAACCCUCUGUCAGACUGACCUGGAGAGAUGUGAACCCAGUUGGGACAAAUUUCACGGUUUCUGUUACCGUCACUUUAGUCAGCGUCUGAGCUGGGAGGUAGCUGAGCAGCACUGCCGCAUGCUGGGAGCUCACCUGGUUUCCAUCAUGACCCCAGAGGAGCAGAGCUACAUCAACAGCAACUAUAAAGAAUACCAGUGGACUGGUUUGAAUGAUAAGACCAUUGAGGACGACUUCCGCUGGUCUGAUGGAAACCCACUGCUCUAUGAGAACUGGUACAGAGGACAGCCAGACAGCUACUUCCUCUCUGGGGAAGACUGUGUGGUGAUGGUGUGGCAUGAUGAUGGACGCUGGAGUGAUGUGCCCUGUAAUUAUCACCUGUCCUACACCUGCAAGAAAGGCACCUCAUCAUGCGGUCCACCGCCAAAACUACGAAAUGCGUCAAUAUUUGGAAAAGUUCGACAGAGAUAUGAAACCAAUGCAGUCGUACGUUAUCACUGUAAUGAUGGUUUUCAGCAGAGACUUAAUCCUCUGAUCAGGUGUUUGUCCAGUGGUGUUUGGGAGAGGCCACAGAUCAUGUGCACCCCUGUAGCAGGAGGUCCAGUCCAGGAGUCUGAGCUGAUGUCACUGACCAACAACUUGGCAGUAUUUGAAGAUGAGUUUGAAACCACUAAAGAGAAGCCACAGUAUUGGGACAUCAAAUUUUAAAUCUUAAAUCUCAGCCAUGCUUUUCAGCAGGUUGCUGUGUUCAAUGCUGCUGCUGUAACAUGACACACACACGAAAACAAUCCUUUCACCAACCACUGCUAAAAAUGAAACAACAAAAACACAUUAAUACAAAAGCAACAAUAGACUGAAUCUUCUUUUCUGAAGAACAUGACGGCACAAGAAGUCAUGGAUUUCUUAAUAGGGAGACUGUGUGUUUUAAAAACCAAACAUUCCUACUUUGUUCAGCAUCAGUGCAGUAACUGCCAAGAGCAAGAAGAUUUUUUAAAGUAUCUGAUGAAUCCUAUUUACCCAAAUGCAGUAAAUGUCUAUACCAGCUACACGUCUACAUUAAUAAUCAUUCCACUUGUGUUUUUAAGAACACCUUUUAAAUGGUGCUAAGAUUUGAAGAUCUUUGAAUCCAAAAAUGAAUUUGUUUCGGUGUGAUGUAAAGGUUUGUGUCCUGUCCCUGCUUUCCUUCCAAAUCCAAAGCACAAAGUCAACAAAUAUUGUACAUACAAUUGCUUUCACAUCUGUGAUCGCUGUCUGCUUUUUAAAACCUGUUUUUCCCCCCAGCAGACACUGUUUUGUUCAUCAGCUUUAUGUUGUAAUAAAGUUUUGUAGAACAGAGCAAAGAUUAAACCAUUAUUUUACCUUCA